AUGAAGCGCGUCAUUGCUCUUUUCUUCGCUUUCGUUGCCCUCGUUGCUCUUGUAGCUGCUCAGGAUAUGACUAUUAAAGUAGGAGAUGGUGGUCAAAAGUUCAACCCAGCCACUGGCACUACCUCCGCUGGUUCUACCAUCACCUUCAUGUGGGUUAGUGGCCCACACAGUGUCAUUCAAGCUGAUGACGGUACCUGCAAUCCAUCAGCUCAAGCAAAUGCCUUCAAGGUCGCCCCACAAUCCACUGGUACAUCAACUUUCAAGGUCCCCGCUGGUAUGCCCAAGUUAUGGUUCUACUGUGGUGUCGCUCAACAUUGUGCAGUAGGAAAUAUGAAAUUGGUUCUCACUGUCGGUGGUGGUGCUGGAGGCAAUGCCACCACUAACAGCACCUCAGGUGGUUCCACUGUUCUGAUGGUGAGGAAACAAGAUGCCGGAAAAUGGCCAGGCCGAGAUUCGCCCGCAAUGAGCGAGUUGCGUUUAUUAAUGAUUAACGAUUAG